CAUGUGGUAUUAGUUCUGACUGACUUUUGUGAUACGUCAGUAUAAUUGACUUCCGGUGAAAGGACGACAUAUUUUGCGGAAUCCAGGGCAGGAGCUCUGGCCCCGGCCAAAGGAAAGAGACAGAGAUGCGGUUUCUUGUCUUUAUGUAUCUUCUAUCGCCUGCUUCAUUCUAGUGUUUUAAAUCUUAAAAGUCUAAAGCCUAAGCUUGGGAAUAUGAAAUGAAAUCAACAACAUCCACCUCCCUUUUAGGACAAAAAAUAAUUUCUACUGAUAGCAAACGCCAAGUAAAAUAUAAGAACACAAUCGGCAUGCGGGUUGUAAUCCAUUAACUAAUAUGAGAAGAUGAUGGGAAAUGGGAUAUGUGACAGGGAAACAUAGCCAGGUGUCACUGCCUGAUUGCAAAAAAUGAAGUAUGCUACAACCUAACGAUCUUAUCUGUGGAAAGGAAGAGAAAAAAAAAUACGAUCAAAAUAAAAUAAGACUUCCAAGGAAAUUUCCUGCUACGGGUUUUCUCAAGUAAUAAUACUUUUUUUUAGUGUCAGAAGGUGGAAAUAUUCGUUGAUUCAAGAGAACUGGUCAACAGAAGCUAAUCCAGUAUGUUGUUGAAGUGGUCGACCGUUUCUUCCCUCUUAAAGUUCUCUGGAGCAAGCUUCAAUCAAUUUCUACGAUAAAUUUCUCUUUAGGAAAUUAAUUCCUGUUAAAUCUUGCUGGAAUUGAAGUCCUAGUUUUGGUUGGCCUUCCCAACAUAAUUCCAACGGCAUCAGCAUGGCAUUUCUAAUGAAGCUUUCAAAGUUUUUUCUGAAGACGGCUCCUCUUGCAGAAGGGGAAUCUCUUUUUCUGAAGGCGGCUGCUGUUGCAGGCAGGGAAUCUCUCGUAGAAAUGAAGCCCCUCACAGUUUAUGGACGACGUUUUUCAGAGACAACUCAAGUGGACAAAGAACAAAAAGCUAUGACGAACUCUUUCUUUUUGCUUCUUGUUAUUUUUCUUUUUCUUGUUAUUUUAGUGGGUUUUGUGAUUGUAAGAAGAAUAAAUCGACAGCUACCCCUGAAUAAUGGAAAUGUAGAAAGUGAACAACCUGAUGAGGAACGACAGAUGCUAAUUGCAAAUGCUACUGCAGCUGUAGCAAAUCCAGGCAAUGAGCUUGUUGUAUUUCAGCACAACCAGCCUGAUAUUGAAGUCGACCAUCAUGAUCAAGCACCCCGCAGGCGACAUUGUUUAUAUACUCUCCAAGCAAAGUAUAAUUUGGGGACUCGUCUUGCCUUGGUGAACUUUCUUAUGGAGAUUCCUUCAGCAGUUUUCGACCAGAUGUCAUCAGAAAAAAAGCCUGCUUAUGUUCUCAUUGUGAUGUUAAUAUCCUUAACAUCAAUGCUUGUUUGCUUGGUUGAGUUUGUCUACAAAGGUAGGAAGGAAAAAGUUACAUGGAUGUGGAGUAGUGGAAGAAUGCCUUGGUUCUAUCAUCCACCUCCUCCAAGUAACAGGCCUUUUGGUACACUGAUAGAAAUCAUUGGAUUGGUUUGUGCUGUUGCUCAAUGUAUUAUUUCAACAAUUAAUUAUUCUUUUUGCCUUCGAGAUCAUGCUUCCCCAAUCAAAAUAUCUGUUUGGCCUAUGAUUUUCUCUCUUGGUCUACUAUGUUCUAGACUUAUGGGGAAGCCAAAUGAGGAGGGUGGAGAAAGCAGGACAUUGGAUCAAGAUGGGGGCGAUAUUGCCCUUAAUCAAGCAAUUGUCGAGCCGUUAACGCCAGCUGAAUUACAACAAUAAGGGCAGAGCUGCUGCGAUUUACAAAUUCUUUGUCUUUUCCAGCCUUGUAAGCAAGCCCACAAAAGACAUUAACCUAGCAAUCAGAGGAUGUUCAUCAGGUUUCAAUAAAUUCUCAGUUCUAUGAUCUAAGCAAAACUUUGAGUAAUCUGGAUUCUGGAGUAAAUAUUGUACUUUGAAAAAUGAAAUAAGGGAAAAGUUUAUGAGCUUGUAUAUAUAUUAAUGAUACAAUAACUAUUGCUGCAAUAUGUGGCUAUGCUACUAGUUGCAGUCAUUCAAGAUUGUAAUUCCUUUGAGCUUGGAUUCAGAAGGCUCAAAUUCACUUUGCCAGAUUGGCAACAUGCUCGUCUUAAUUCUUGAUUUCUAUUUUCUAAUUUCUAACACUUUACAAAUUACAAACACAAGA